AGUCAGUCGCACACGCUCCAAGAACAGAGGCAGCGGGCCGCUUGAGAACAUUAUUCUGCAACAGUUGUGGCUGCGACGCCUCUUGUACAGUUGCAGUGGUGUUCCUUGCUUGUAGACGCCGAUGUUGUACGCUACAGAUCUCUGUCUCAUCCCGACCACGUGGUUGUUGCAUCUCAAGUUUAUAGCAAGGGGCGUGGCUAGUGAUGCAUGAACCGUAACUGCCAAUCACUCAUCAACCUUUGCUGCGUCAAAUCUAUCGGUGGUUCGGUGUUGUGUACACUGGGGUGCCGAGCCUGCAGUGAACGACGGAUUCUCACAGAGCUUUUACUGUAAACCGUGUGUCCAGUACAGGAAGUACUGGUGGAUGUCUACCCCUCAUUGUGCAGGUGUCAGGAGUACUCGCACCUGCUGCACGUGUUAGUCACACCUUCGAAUGUUCAGGUUGCCGAGUGACAGUUCAAACUGAAUCAAGCUGAUCACGACAUUGAAGACACAUGUCACUCAGACAUUCGCAUCCGCAACAUGAGGCCGGAACAGUCUGAAACCGAGAGUUCGGCAGAUCCUCUACACAUCUCCACAUUAAAUGAUGACGUAGAACGCAGAGACGAUGUGCCCGUGUUAGCUUGUGAGAAUGGUUUGUGGAAUGGUGUUCACCCUAAACCGAAAAAGCAACAUUAUGUUAUAAAGAAGAGAUUCUGGAAUAUGCGACGCCCCGAGAAGUGUCGAGAGGCUACCAUCCUGACGACUGGGAUUGUGUUGACGUGCAUAGCACUGGGCUUGAUCGUGGCGGGGUCGGCGAGGUUGCGAGAGUGUCAAACGUUCACCAUGGUGAGGCUGAAGCAUCCUGUCGGAGAAGCCACAAUGGAACAUAUCGGGGACGAGUUCUUCGCGUACAAUCAGCUGACAGCACUCAACAACUACGCAUUUCAUAAGUCCGGCACUCAGUCCUCAACCGACCUAACAGCUGAUUUUAAACCUGAAGAGGAUGGGGAUGCCGUUUUGGCAGUGGACGGCAGCAUCAGCACAUGUUCAAGAACAGAUGCUGAGACCGACCCGAAGUGGCAGGUGGAUCUGAGUCGCUUGAUUGCUGUACGGAGUAUCAGGAUAUUCAGCAGUAAUACCAGUGUUCUCCACGAUUUUGACGUGUACCUUGGGGUGGCACCACACGCCAGUCACAAGAAACUGUGCUUUCAUCACCAAGGCAACGUACAUUCUCGUGACACACGGAUAGUGUGUGACGAAGCAAUGAGUGGAAGGUUUCUGACGAUCGUUCUACGAACCAGUGGCUACAAGCUGGAACAUUUAGUAUUGUGUGAGGUCAUGGUGUUUGGAAGGUGACGUCAUACACGUGACAUCCGAUGUCGUACUUAUUUUCUGUCACGUGCAUUCAUGCACUUGGAUGACACAGAAGUGAAAACUAUCAGAUUGACCGAGGACAUGAUUCAAAGAAGCCAGACACCCUAUCCAGACUCGGCAGUGAUGUAGUUGUCCCAAAGGCGCCAGAAACAUGAAGUCUUGUCGAAAGACCUCGCUGCCUUUCCAACGGUGUUGCUUUUGACAUUCUCUGAGGGAGACAGUUCGGUAUGGAAUUGUGACAUCUGUAUUCUAAAGCGAAAUCAAGUAUAUUGAGCUUUGUAUAACUGUAACGGACAGUGUGACAGAGACUGUACCCGUAUAGUCCGGAAUUGCACCAACGUACCACAAAUACGUGACACUAUCGCACGCAAAUCAACAAUAAAGGUCGUGUUAAGCUACAGUAACUUAAUAUUGUCACAAACUGUACCAUUUCAGAGACCCUGCAAAGCUAUCCGUACUGGACCUUCACUAAAGAGGUCGAUACAUCCUUGUAUGUGUAGGAACAGAUGCCUUCUGUGUUUGUAAUCGCAGCAUUUUGUGCGAACAACGGGAUAUAAUAUACACUUUAUGUCAAUAUUAUUUUUCAAAAUCCGGUGUAUAUAUUUUAUAUUAUGUGUUUUAUAUUGUCCAUUUAGAUGAAUAUUAGAUCCACAAUGGCUUGCUGGAAGAAUUGUCUUGGUACCACAGACUGGGAAAUGUGUCGACAUGUGUCAUUAGAUCUUUAUGUGUCUUGAGUUUCUUCACACGCCAUAGACAUGGUCAAAUAGUGUACAACAGGCCACGUACAUUGUACUACACGCAUAAUUCCUCCUGUUUUCUUUCUUUUCUCCCGGUAUGCCUGAUGUAUCCAAAGCCUAGAUGUAACAUUGCUACGCAUGCGUUGUAUUUGCCCAGGGUUACACGAACCAUCCCGAUGUCAAGGAGCCCUCUGGUGACACUCUCCUGUGGGGUGGUCUUCAACUGACUUGGUUACAGGUACCUGCCCCACGUGGAAUGAUUUGAGUGUGAGCUUUCUCUCACUCAUGACCGCCUUGUCACGUUUACUUUUCUGACACCUGUAAUCCAUUUUGUUCCUGAAUAACAGGUUUCUGUGGCUGCUCUGUCUCAGUUCGUGUACAUUCAUGUCGAGAUAAGUGUUUGGUGCUACCAAUCAUGUCGUAGUUCCUUUCAUGGCAUCUUCGUUUAUCCAGUGUAUUAUAAUCUUCCUUUUUUUGUGAUAAAUAUCCUGGACCCGCUCUCAAAACUUUGUUUCGGAAGUGACGUCACCACAUCCAUUUCAUGUCAUUAGAUUGGACGACUAUUUUUAGCGCUGUGUCACCGGUCUCAGUACGUUGAGCCAAGGUCGCGCAUGUUCCCAGGGUAUUAAUCAUAAUAUGAGGCUAUUGUACCCUGGAUAAUCGAGGAUGGUUUCAUGGUUGCCUUUUAAUGUUCAUUAUUACAAAUGCCUAUGGUGUAAAUACAGCUUUUUGUACGAAACAACGCACUGUGUUGGGAUGAUAUAACAUAUAUUAAUCGUGCUUUGUUUAACUUUGUUUAAGCAGUGGUUAAUUAAUUAUGGAUUCGUACAGCUGAAUCAUCAACAGAAUAAUCUAAAUUUGCGAUGAUAUUGCCGUUGUUGUUGUCUGUCUCAUUUAACUGAUCGGGGCCCAGUCGUCUAAGGCGAUUCACUGUGCAGAGUUUCGUCCCUUGGUUGCGCCAGAAACCUAUGAUUGUGGGUUCGAAUCCCGGUUCACCCUAAUUAUGUUUCUAGGUUUGUCAGCACCAUAUC